GAUCAAGUACAGUGUUUCUCCACUAGGGGGCAUUCUUCCUCACUUAACAGCGACCUAGAACAAAUGAAAAGACAAUUAAAAGAGGAAAUGAAUGAUCAGAUAGCAAGUAAAUUUAAAGAACUGUCUCAAUGCUUGAUAAGUGAAAUUCGAACAGAGCUCCAACAGGCCUCGCCAAGAAGGGCGCAACAAACAUCGACGCAGGGACGGAAUCAUCAUACACCUGACCGCAGGGCCCCAUGGCGUCCAGCAGCCAACCAGUAUGACGAGCAAGGAACAUUUUGGCCAGCAGGGGGCACUACUUGAAGACCCUUCAGCAUGGUUGGCACUACAAGCAGCAAACGGCCUUGCGAUUCCGUACCUGGGGUAUGUACUGUUGGACGUGAAGGUGGGUGAUGUGCUCUUCCCUGGCUGUGGCGUUGUAGUGGUUAAAGAUCAUUGCUUGGCUAAUACAAAUGGUCUAGUGGGAACCAACAUAAUUAAGCAUUGCUGGGAUACACUGACCAAAGACAAUCUGACUGUGCCCUCUUUGUCCAGUGAACGCUUUCAACAGCAGUCGUGGCGCAACGCCAUGAGAGUAUGUGCAAAGGAGGCCAGAUUUGCAGCCAGCGAUGGGUUUACAGGGUAUGUACGCACUAUUAACCGUUACCCUCUGGAAAUUCCAGGCCUGGUGUGGGGCCGUACCAAGGCUGGCAUUCAGAAACGGGAUUACCAGUGCCUAGUGGAGCCCUUUGGGGAGUCUGAUGUGCUCACCGCUCGAGCAGUAUCAACGGUCAAGCAGGGAAGGGUACCCAUCAGAGUGAGAAACAUAAGCAGCACCCCGGUCUACCUACGACGCCACCAGAAGCUGGCUAAGGCAUUUGUAGUGGAACCAGCAGACAUUGUACAAGACACGGAUGUGAGUAUGUCCAGAGUGGGGGAACAGGUGGUACAGCUUAGCUUAACGCAAGUAAAGCAAGACCUAAAGGACUGGCCCGCCCUAGUGGAUGUUAACAACAUUGAUAUCUCCCCAGCCCAAACACUGAAAUUACAGGAACUGUUACACAAGCAUCAGGCUGUGUUCUCUUGUCAUGACGAGGACUAUGGGAAGACGAGCACCAUACAGCAUGUGAUCCCGACAGGAGACGCCGCACCUGUGAGAGGACGCCACAGUCAUGUGCCUCGCCACCUAUACCAGGAAGUGAAAACCCUCAUUCAAGCCUGA